CUCUCAACAGGUAUACGGAUCUCUGGUGGAGCACCUGAUAUCAAGUGCUGACAUGGGGCUUCAUGGCUUCAAGACCAAGGAUGACAUCUAUUGCUAUUCUCUGGCCAAGGCUCUAUAUUAUGUUGUCUCUCCUGUAACAGUUGGAUUUUAUGCACCAUGGGGCAGGAGUAAGGAUAUCCUUCUCAACAAGGUUGAAUCAUACCUAUGUGCCGAAACAUGUAGGAAGGAAAAGAAGGAAUUCCUGAAGAACGGACAGAAUACAAGGAAAACCACUGGAAAAGACCUCAUCAAGCUUAUCUUCCUUAUAAUAUUUUACCAUCCUGUCAUCACAAAGGAGCACGACCUACGACAGAACAAACGUUAUGUCUUCAUCCGGUUCAGUGCAUGGGAAUUCGCAGGCAGUGACCAACUCUGGGCUGGGCUGAUUACCACGCUAUGUGAUGGCAUUGAGAGAUGCUUUGGAUUGGCGCCCAUUAGUGUUUAUCGAACAGUGGCCAAGAAAACCAAAUUUAUAGAUGCUCCACUUAAACAGGAAUGGGUUAGUAAGAAAUUUUUAUGUAUCCCACUUUGGAUUGCUACCUUGCUGGUCAUCACCAUUGGGAUCACUGUAGGUGCUUUGAUUCUUAUAUUUGGCUUUCCAUUUGGUGAUCCCACAGGAGAUAUGGUUGCUGCCGCUGAAGGUGUCGGGGCAACCGUGGUUGGCAUCUCUGCAGCAGGAAUAAUUAGAGUUGCUAUUACAGUGAUUAGAAAUGCUAUUGUUACCCAGAAGGUCACAGUGGAGCAAAAAAUGAAUCGUACAGACAUGAGCUCCCAGUUGGGCUUCAUGAGCGAUGUGAAGAGAGAGAUUAAGACAAUCACUUGUUACCUCAAACUCAUUGAGGUCUUCCAAAGGCAGAAAAUUAAAGUCAUCCUAGAGAUUACAAACUUAGACAAGUGCAUGCCGGACAAAGUGGCAGGAGUUCUGAAUGCCAUGAAUAUUCUCCUCUCUGAUCCCAAUGCUCCAUUUAUUUCCAUCUUGGCUGUAGACACCAGUAUCAUUGUGGAAUGUGUUGAAAGCUCUCAGAUGUUAAAAGGCAUGGCUAACAAUGGCUAUCAGUUCCUAAACCGAAUCAUAACAUUGCCAUUCAGUAUCCCCAAAAUGGACUGUGAGACUAAAAUGUUCUGCCUGGGAAAUAUAAUUAAUAAGAAGGGUGAGCUAAUUCGAGAAACGGAGGAAGAUAUGACAGUAGACUCUGAUAUAACAAGUGAAAAAGAUCAGCCCCUGCUUCGAAAAGUUGUCCCACACAAUGAUUCUGUUGUUAGUGACAUUCCCUUGAGCAGGAGCAAUGAGCAGGGACAAUCCAACAACUUUCUACCAGAUAAAGGAAAAAAGACAAAAACCUUAAUAGAUGAAGCCUUCAAAUACCUUAUUGAUGAGAGGAUGAAAGAUGUCACUGACAAUGAUGUCCACAUCAGGAGGGUGGUGAAUACCAUCAUCGUAACCAUCAGACUAAUGAUUAUGGAUGUGCCAAGAACACAGAUAAAGCCUCACAAGGUGGCAGAGUGGGUGCUUCUGGCUACCCAAUGGCCUUGCCGCCUAAGUUGGAUAUUGCAGUGCAUAGAAGAUGAACAACAGAGGAUUUGCCUUGAUGAACAAGAUGUGGCUAGUAAAUAUUCUAUAUACUCUAAAACUUUACUCUGGAAAGUUUUUGAAAAGUCCCUGGAAGAGCUGGAUGUCAUUAAGUCAAGCCUUAAACAUCUCCUGGAGCUGGACGGAGAUCCUGAGAUUUUUCAGAAACUAUUAUCUGAAAACUUCACUGUGGAAGAUGCUAACUUUUUUCUGCCGUAUACUGUUAAUUUAGACUAUUCCAUUAAAAGAGAAAUGGAACUUCUACGAGGCAGCAAUAACAUGUGGGAAUCCAAGAAGAGCAACAGACUGACCAUACUGUCUUUGCUGAAUAUGAGCAUAGAGGAAGUCUGCAAAGAGAUGGGCAAACUAGGUUUUCGGGAAGACAAUCUUACAAAGUAUCGAAAGAGGAUAGAAGAGAACAAUUUGAAUGGUAGAGCCCUUGUCUACAGUGAUAAUAAUGAGAUAAGAGCAACCUUGGGUAUGGACCUGGGAGAUUGGACAUUAUUCAGUGUAUACUUCCUAGGAGUUCUGCCACCGCCUCCUGCUGCCCCCGCACCAACCCAAGUUAUUAACAAGCAGGAGGCUCCAAAAUCUGGUGCUGAAAACCUCUUAAAAGGAAGCAUAAUGUCUCUAUACCUCUCAAAUGAAAAUCUCUGACAAGUGAAGGAAAUGGUCAAUACAAAACUGUAAAUUUGAUCACCCU